AUGUCUGCUCGUCGACCACCCCCAGCUUACACAGCACCACCCGAGUCGGGGGUGCAUGCUGUCUCACAGCUCUACAGAACAAUUUCAGAGACCGCAUCCAACCCAUCUGCGCGGACCCCAAAGGAGAAAUUCGCCAUUCGGCCAUGCUCAGCCCAAGCGUGGGUUGUUCCCGCCGGGCACAUAUGUCGCUUGACUACACCCGAUGGACCGCAAGUGGGCGACCUAAACAUAUGGAACGCUAAUAAUCCCCGGGAGCGAAUGUGGGCUGCACGCACCCGUCAAAUUCACGCAUCCCACGUCUCGGUAGGCGACCGAUUGUGGUCCAACUUGCCCUACUUACGGCCCCUGGUCACGAUUACUGGUGACUCGCUUGGCGGCGGGCAGCUGCAUGACGUACUUGGACCAGAUGGGAAGCGGAAUCCUGAGGCUGUGUUCGGGACUACGCAAUUUGGAGGCCGGGUGCAUGACUUGAUGGGCACUCGUUGUGAUCCAUAUGUGAAUCUGCUCAUGGGUGGAGAGACAUUCGAUUUCCACUGUCACUCGAACUUGACACGCUCUGUGGUCCCAUAUGGGUUGACGGAAUUGGAUGUCCAUGAUGUCUUGAAUGUGUUUCAAGUGACCGGUCUUGAUGAGGACGGGAAAUAUUUCAUGGAGACAUCCCCUGCAAAGGCUGGCGAAUACUUUGAAUUCUUUGCAGAAGUGGAUGUUCUCUGUGCGUUAUCUGCAUGUCCUGGUGGUGAUCUUUCCAAAUGGGGCUGGGACGAUAAGGAGCUUGAUAUGGGAUCGACUUGCCGCCCGUUAGGCGUGGAGGUAUUUCAAUUGCCGGACAAGGUUCUGAAUGGAUGGAAAGCACCGGAAAGUCCUCAAUACAAGGGAAUGCACGGUAUGAAAAUGCCUAGUCGCGAGGAGGAUGGUUACGUGGGGCUGUAG